CAGACGCGGAUACCUCAGCCAAAUUCACAGAGUUCAGUCACACUCAGAGAACAGAUCAUUAGUCUUUUUAUUUGUUUUCGUUUUAUGUGUCUCCCCUCAUUAAGUUGAAGAGAGCUUAGUUUGGGAACAGUGGACACGUCUUGAAGACAUUUCAAGCAUGACUUUGGAUAAUAACGGAACUUGAAGUCUCAAACUGCGCCUCAGACUCCCAGAAAAUAACGACAGACACCAGCUCUCACAGGUCCGCAGCAGCAGAACUCUCCUCUCUCAUCAUGAAGACUGCCGAGGAACCAGACAAACAAAGACAGAGGAGCAGACAUCAACAUCUCCAGAUGGGGUGGUUCUCCAGUGUCUGGUGGUCUACAUUGGUGAUGCUCUUCUUCUCUCUGCCGGAGGUGAACUCUAUGAAGGAGAGUGUGCCAAGAGUUAAACUCAGCUACAAAGAGCUGAUCCAUUCUCGAAGCGUGGUGCCGUUUGUGGGUUCCAGCGAGGGGCAGCGGUUUCAGACAGUCCUAUUGGAUGAAGAGAGAAGCCGAUUACUGCUGGGAUUCAAAGACCACAUCUACCUACUGGACCCAGACGACAUAAAUAAACACCCCAAAAAGCUGAGCUGGCCAGCUCCAAGAGAUAGGGUGGAUAUGUGUAUACUGGCUGGCAAAAACCCUCUUACCGAAUGUGCUAAUUUCAUUCGAGUUUUACACAGCUAUAACCGGAGUCAUGUCUAUGCCUGUGGUACUGGAGCAUUCCACCCCACCUGUGCUUUCUUAGAGGUCAAAGGUCACAAAGAGGACAGCUGGCUGCACCUACACAGCAACACUGUGGAAUCCGGCCGAUUGAAAUGUCCUUUUGAUCCACACCAGCCCUUUGCUUCUGUACUCACAGAUCAGUAUCUCUAUGCUGGCACGGCGUCUGAUUUCCUGGGCAAGGACAGCACGUUUAGCCGCUCUCUCGGGCCGCCCCCAGACCAGCAGUACAUUCGCACAGACAUCUCUGAGGACUACUGGAUAAACGAGGGCAAGUUUAUUUCCGCCCAUCCCAUCGCGGACACCUACAACUCUGACGAUGACAAGAUUUACUUCUUUUUCCGCGAGGUGUCCCGUGAUGGGAGCACUACGGACAAGAGCGUGCUGUCUCGUGUCGCCCGGAUCUGCCGGAAUGAUGUUGGAGGUUUGAGAAGUCUUACCAACAAGUGGACGACAUUCCUCAAAGCAAGACUUGUGUGCUCCAUACCUGGACCGGAUGGAGUGGACACUCACUUUGAUGAGCUCCAGGACAUCUUUCUCCUCCCUAGCAGAGAUGAAAGAAAUCCAGUGGUGUACGGAGUGUUCACCACCACCAGUUCUAUCUUUAGAGGAUCAGCGGUAUGUGUCUACAACAUGGAAGACAUCCGUGCUGUGUUUAAUGGACCGUAUGCUCAUAAAGAGGGACCGGACCAUCGCUGGGUGGAAUAUGAAGGCAGAAUCCCCUACCCAAGACCAGGCACUUGCCCCAGUCGGACAUAUGAUCCUCAUAUAAAAACGACUAAAGACUUUCCAGAUGAAGUCAUUAGUUUUAUACGGCUGCACCCGCUAAUGUACCGCUCUGUGCACCCAAUGACGGGCCGGCCAAUUUUCACUCGUAUCAAUACGGAGUAUCGGCUUACUCAGAUUGUAGUGGACCGCGUGGCAGCUGAGGAUGGACAGUAUGCUGUUAUGUUCUUGGGCACAGAUAUGGGAUCAGUUUUGAAGGUUGUCAGCAUCACUCAAGAAAACUGGUCCACAGAGGAGAUCAUCUUAGAGGAGCUUCAGGUGUUCAAGAGUCCCUCGCCCAUCCUCAACAUGGAAAUCUCCUCAAAGCAGCAGCAGCUGUUUGUUGGAGGAAGCGACGGGUUGGUGCAGGUGUCCCUUCACAGGUGCCAUAUUUAUGGGCAGGGCUGUGCAGAAUGCUGCCUGGCUAGAGACCCCUACUGCGCUUGGGACGGCGCCCAGUGCUCCAGAUACAUUCCAGCCUCCAAAAGGAGGGCCAGAAGGCAGGAUAUCAAACAUGGAGACCCAUCCAGCCAUUGCUGGGACACAGAGGAUGUGUUAGGGAGGAAUGUCGAGGAGAAGGUGUUGUAUGGAGUAGAGAGUAACUCCUCUUUUCUUGAGUGCGUUUCAAAAUCCCAGCAGGCCUUGAUUCGCUGGUUCAUACUGAAGCCAGGAGCGGACCAACGUCAAGAGAUCAAACCGGAUGAGCGUGUGCUGAUAACCGAGCGAGGUUUGCUGAUUCGUUGGCUCCAUCGUAGCGACGCAGGUUCAUACUUCUGCACCUCCCAGGAGCACAGCUUCACCCGUACCCUCCUCCACCUCUCUCUUCACGUCCUGGACGUCCAGAUCCAAGCACACCAACCUGCUACACGGGAAUCAUCAGAUAAUCCGCCUGUGACCGAACCUCGUCAGCGCUAUAAGGACUACUUGCGCAGGUUGAGUGUUCCUGUGCGCUCUCUGGAUGAGUACUGCGAAACGCUCUGGCACAAAGAGAAGAAGCAAAAACAGAAGGGCAAAUGGAAGCAUGUUCAAGAGCUCCGCAAGAGCAGGAACCGACGCCACCACUAGAGGCGCCAAUGAGGCCUGGAAUCGAGUGUGAGGUUAGACGGGUCACAAUGCCCAUGGAGCCUCUGGAUGUGGAUUAAAAUGAACUCUAAACCAAAUACAAAGACAGAAAUUAAUCAUCUCUUGACCAGUCAAGCAAAAAAUCUUUCAGAAAUAUUGUUUUCGUUUGGACCAGUCCCUUAAAAAAAGUGACGCACAGAUUCUUUACCAUUUAAAAAUGAACCUUUUGCAAAAAUGCCCACUUGAACACCAGUCAUCUUGAUUGAUCUUGAAAAUACGUCAGAAUCUAUUAGUUUUGUUAAAGCCCCUUUGGGCAAGGUAUGGUAUACUAAAAUUAUAUUCCUGUAAAUCUAUAAACAAUGUUCAAAACAAAGAUUUUUCCAGUCUAAAAAUGUCUGGAUUGGGGACGUUUUUCAAAACAACAUAACACCAGUUCAUUGCGCUUUAAUUUUAACCAAGAGUAAGAUUGCAUUCAUGUUGAAUGUAUGUAAAUAUUUAUAUUAUUUGUACAUGAGAUUGUGCAUGCUUUAGGAUUAUUUACAUAGAAUUCUCUUUUGAGAUUACAGCUUUAGCCAAGCAUUUAAAUUUCACUGAGUAAAUUACAUU